AUGGAAAUACCAGCUUCUGACCAUGUCAUUCUAUUCAUGGAUAGUCAAGACCAUAGCCAGAAAACUCAUUCCCUUGAUCAACCAAACCCCAAAAGGAACCUAUUGCCCGACGCCGCCAAACCGCCUCUGCCCCCCUCCUCGGCCCAAUCCCUACGCCGUUUGAGCUUCUCUAAGCCCAAAGCCCGUUUCGUCGAGUUCUCUCGUCCGUUGACCCAAAAAUUUUCCUACGCGCCCGAAGAAUUCGAGCCCAUGAAAAAAUUUUCGGACACUUCUGACACAGACGACGAUGAAAGUGAGGAUGAGGAGUACCGCGAGUACGACGAGGACGGCUUCCGCAAGGAAAAGCCCCGUAAAAAGAAACUCAAAAUCAAUUGGAAAAUCUUGAUAGAGUGGAUAAUAUUCAUCACACUAUCCUCCAGCUUAAUAUGCUCCCUCACGAUACCGACGCUCAAGAACCAGCUCGCGUGUGGGCUCGGGCUAUGGCGGUGGUUUUUAAUGAUUUUGGUUAUAUUCAGCGGCCGCCUCGUCUCCGGUUGGAUAAUCAAAAUCAUGGUGUUUUGCAUCGAGAGGAAUUUCAUGCUGCGCGAGAAGGUGUUGUACUUCGUAUAUGGGAUACGUAGGAGCAUCCAAAACUGCGUGUGGCUCGGGCUCGUCCUCGUCUCGUGGACCUUCAUCUUCAACGCUAAGCUCCACAAAAAGAACGCUCUCGUGGAGAAGUCUUUCCAAGCCCUCGUGGCCUUCCUCAUCGGGGCCACGAUCUGGCUCAUCAAGAUCGUGCUCGUCAAAGUGCUCGCGUCGUCCUUCCACGUCGCCACCUACUUCGACCGCAUGAAGGAGAGCGUGUUCCACCACUACGUGCUCGACACGCUGUCGGGUCCCCCCAUGGAUGACGUGGCGUACAAGGAGGCCCACAGCCGGAACCUUGGGGUGUCAAGGUCGAUGCCCGCCAAGGUAAGGGACUCGUCUAGGGUUUUGUCGAGGAGGUACGGGACGAAGAGGAUAGAUAUAGAGAAGCUGAAGAAGCUGAGCAUGCAGAGCACGGGGUCCGCGUGGACCGUCAAGAGGCUGGUCAACUAUGUGAGGUCGUUCGGGCUGACCACGAUAUCCAAGGCUGUUGAUGAGUUUGGUCGGGCCGAGUCCGAGAUCACUAGCGAGUGGGAGGCCAGGAGCUGUGCCAAGAGGAUAUUCAAGAAUGUGGCCAAGCCCGGUGCCAAGUACAUUGAAGAAGACGAUCUGAUGAGAUUCCUGAAGAGGGUAGAAAUCCACACCAUUUUCCCGCUCUUCGAAGGCGCCCUCGAAACCGGCAAGAUCACAAAAUCUGCUUUCAGAAACUGGAUGGUAAGGGCUUACUAUGAGCGCAAGUCGCUCGCCCACUCGCUGAACGACACAAAGACGGCUGUGCAGCAGCUGCACAAGGUGGCAAGCGCGAUAGUGAGCGUGAUUAUAGUGGUGAUUUCGCUCAUGGUCAUGGGAGUGGCCUCCACAAAGGUCAUAGCCUUCAUGCUGACUCAGCUUCUCCUUGUCGGCUUCACCUUCCAGAACAUGUGCAAGACCGUUUUCGAGUCCAUCGUCUUCGUCUUUGUCAUGCACCCUUUCGACAUUGGUGACCGUUGUGUGAUCGAUGGAGUCCAGCUGAUAGUUGAGGAGAUGAACAUAUUGACCACGGUGUUUCUAAGAUACGACAACGAGAAAAUCUACUAUCCGAAUUCGGUGUUGAUCACGAAGCCCAUCAGCAACUUCUACCGGAGCCCCGAAAUGUGUGACACCAUCAAUUUCACCAUUGACGCCUCCACACCAACCGACACCAUAUUCGCACUGAAGAAAGCAAUACAAACUUACAUUGAGAGCAAACCAAAGUACUGGAUACCAAAGCACUCUGUCAUAGUGAAAGAAAUAGAGAACAUGGACAAGUUGAAGAUGGCUCUAGGUGUACAGCACACAAUCAACCAUCAAAACUAUGGGGACAGGAAUAUUCGAAUAACAGAGCUGAUACUGGAAUUGAAAAAGAUGUUCGAGAACCUAGACAUCGCGUACCAUCUUCUUCCUCAGGAAAUUCACCUCACACAGGUAAACAUGGGCAACUGGAGGAUGCCAUUGCCUUGA